AUGAAGUACGUUGUUGUAUCUGGUGGUGUUAUCUCCGGUAUUGGUAAAGGUGUUUUGGCAUCUUCUACAGGUAUGCUUUUGAAGACUUUGGGUUUGAAAGUUACCUCUAUCAAGAUUGAUCCAUACAUGAACAUCGAUGCUGGUACCAUGUCUCCAUUGGAGCACGGUGAAUGUUUUGUUCUUAACGAUGGUGGUGAAACUGAUCUGGAUCUGGGUAACUACGAGCGUUACUUGAACGUUACUUUGACCAAGGACCACAACAUCACCACUGGUAAGAUUUACUCCCAUGUUAUUGCCAAAGAGCGUAAGGGUGACUAUUUGGGUAAGACUGUCCAGAUUGUGCCACACUUGACCAACGCUAUUCAAGAGUGGAUCGAGCGUGUCUCCAGAAUUCCAGUUGACAACACCGGUAUGGAACCAGAUGUCUGUAUUAUCGAACUUGGUGGUACCGUUGGUGACAUUGAGAGUGCUCCUUUUGUUGAAGCCUUGAGACAAUUCCAAUUCAGAGUCGGUAAGGAAAAUUUUGCAUUGAUCCAUGUCUCAUUGGUUCCAGUUAUCCACGGUGAGCAAAAGACUAAGCCAACCCAGGCUGCUAUCAAGGACUUGAGAUCUCUUGGUUUAGUCCCAGAUAUGAUUGCUUGUAGAUGUUCUGAAACUUUGGAGAAAGGUGUAAUUGAAAAGAUUGCCAUGUUCUGUCAUGUUGGUGCGGAUCAAGUUGUUAAUGUCCAUGAUGUCAACUCCACAUACCACGUUCCUCUACUACUGUUGGAGCAAAAGAUGAUCAACUACCUACAUCAAAGACUACAGUUACAAGAAAUUACUCUAAGUUCUGAGGAUAUUCAAAGAGGUGAAAACUUGUUGAGUAAAUGGAAAUCAAUGACCGGUAACUUUGACAGCUCCAUGGAAACUGUCAAGAUUGCUCUAGUUGGUAAAUACACCAACUUGAAGGACUCAUAUCUGUCUGUUAUUAAGGCUCUAGAGCAUUCUUCAAUGAAAUGUCGCCGUAAGUUGGAAAUCAUGUGGGUCGAAGCCACUGAUCUAGAACCUGAAACACAAGACACUGAAAAGGCCAAAUUCCAUGAAGCAUGGAACAAAGUCAGCACAGCUGAUGGUAUAUUAGUCCCUGGUGGUUUUGGUUCCAGAGGUACUGAAGGUAUGAUGCUAGCAUCAAGAUGGGCUCGUGAAAACCAUAUCCCAUUCUUAGGUGUCUGUUUAGGUCUUCAAAUUGCCACUAUAGAGUUCGCUAGAAACGUUUUGGGAGUCAAGGAAGGUAAUUCUGCUGAAUUUUUCCCUGAAUUGGAUGAAAGCAACCAAGUUGUUGUCUUUAUGCCUGAAAUAGACAAGGAAACUAUGGGUGGUUCCAUGAGAUUGGGUUUGAGACCUACAUAUUUCCAACAAGGCACUGAAUGGUGUGCUAUUAAGAAACUAUACGGUAGCGCUGAAUCCGUUGAAGAGAGACAUCGUCAUCGUUACGAAAUCAACCCUAACUUCAUUGAACGUUUGGAAGAGCAUGGUUUGAUGUUUGUCGGUAGAGAUGAAACUAACAAGCGUUGUGAAAUUUUCGAAAUGAAGGAUCACCCAUUCUUUGUUGCUACCCAAUACCAUCCUGAAUACACUUCCAAGGUCUUGGAUCCUUCAAAGCCUUUCUUGGGUCUUGUUGCUGCAUCUUCCGGUAUCUUAGAUGAUGUUAUUGCUGGAAAAUAUGAAUUCAAUGGUGAUGGUAAGUCUGAUUUCUAA